AUUGCAGAUCUAUAGAGGAUUUAGUUGAUUACAUUAAUGACGAAAAGGAAAUCAGCAAACUACGCCACACCCGAGCCUGAUGUGAUUCAUGUGUACAGCAGUGGUUCUGAAUCAUCUGAUGAAUCCCUUUCUCAAAUUUCUCAAAGGUUGAAGAGAAAAGAUAAGGAGAGUCUGAAGGAUACUCACCAGAAUGCCGCGUUCUCUGGAUCUCCUUGUUUUUCCAGCGUCCACCAGAAUUUGUGCUAUGAUUCGCCAACGAGGGUGAUCAGUUCUUUCAGUUUCAACAGCAGUAACGGUAAUGAUACUAUUAGGCCGAAGAUUAAAGAUAAGUAUAGGGUGAAGGCUACUCAACAGAAUGCUGCAUUUUCUGGAAGUUCUGGUUAUUAUAGCGCCGAAAAUAAUGUGUGCUUGUAUGAUUCGCCUUCAGAGUGUGAUCAGUUCUUCAAAUUUGAACAGUAACAGUGAUGAUACUAUUACCAUUUCUCAAAGGAAGAAGGGAAAAGUUAAAGAACAUUAGACAAACCAGAACAAUGCAAGUCCAUGUAUUUCAUCGUGUGUUUCCAAAGUUGAAGAACCAGUACCAGAUAUUCCCACCAACCCAGAGUAUGAAGAACGUAUCAAUUAUGGAGAUAACCCGUCAGUGUGGGCAAAUGGGUAUUAUGAAGACUAUCCAAGUCCUAUUGGUAGCCCAUAUCUGAUGGAUCUCGAUGAUUAUGAUUUUUGUAGAGAGCAAAGGCUCAAGUCCGCUGAGGUGGACCAUUGUGAUACCGAGAAUGAGGUAUACAUUUAUUACCCUUAUAGUUCAGAGGGCGAGAGUAUCCCAAGCGACGCCGAAGACGAAUCAGGGGAAAUCCCAUCCAUGAAACCUAGAAGGCUAUUCUAUGAAGAUGGAAUCGCGGGAUGCAGUUCAAAUGUAAAUGGUGCUUCAGGUGUCGAGGAAAAGGAUAGUGAUGAUGUUAAAGCUGAAUGGGUAGAAAGGAAUAUAAGGACCUAUAUUGAUCGCCGCAACGGAACUAAGGCUUCAACAAUUAGGAAUAAGAUUACGAGUGAUCAUAAUAUCAAGGUAAAAUACUUGAUUGCACGCCGUGCAAGGAUUAGAUGCCUUGAAGGCAUUCAUGGAUCUUUUGAAGAAAGCUUCAGGUUAUUACCUGAGCUAUGCAAGCAGAUUGAAGACAACAACCCGGGAAGCAUUGUAUAUCUGAGCAGCAGCGCAAAGACUAACCAGUUUGAAGGUUUGUGCAUAGCUUACAGAGCAUCACUUGAAGGUUUCAAGAAUGAGUGCAGACCCGUUAUAGCAUUAGAGAGCUCGCCACUCCAGGAAAGUUUGGUGGUGCCGUUCUGUCGGCUACUUCAGUCGAUGCAGAUAAUGGGAUGUUUCCUAUUUCCGUUUACAUCUGCAGGAGUACAUGUUUUAAUACAUGGAAUGAAUUUCUUUCUAUAAUUGCACCUUUUCUGAAUAAAUUGGAUAGGCGAAUUACAUUUUUUCGAGAUUUGACCGCUAUUCAAAAGGCUGCAAUCUGGCUGUUGAGGAGAAUUUCGUGAAAUAUACUCGAAGACUUUGCACUGAUCAAUUGUUAACGGUAAUGAAGACUGGAUUUUGGACAUGAGUUUUACCAUUACGAACUGGUACGUGCAGCAGUAAAAGCUUAUAAUUCCCAAGGUUUUUCAAGUGCAAUGGAUGACCUCAAAAAAAAAGUCCAUUGGUAGUGGAGCGGUUGAACGUAUAUGACGAAGGAUGGGCUAGACAUCAGUUUGACGGUGCUGCCAAUUGCCGGCACGUGUCAAACAUCCUAGGUGCAACAUUGAACCAGUGGUUAAAAGAGUUGAUGUGUUUGCCCAUACACAAGUGGGUAGUGAGGUAUGAAGCUCUGCUAUCUGACUUGUUUGAAAAGAGAUCUCGUCGACUUUCCUCUUGGCCUCCUUUAGUUCCUAGAGUGUGGAAUGCGGUAAAGAAACAAAGACGGAAUGUAGGGGGAGGAGGGUACGUUGUCCACUCAGCUCUAACCCGAGAUGUAUGGUCCGUGGAGGAGAAACCGCUUGUAUCUCCUUUUAAAGUUGAUUUGAAACGACGAAUGUGCUGCUGUGGAGAAUGGCAAGUAGCAAGGAUACCUUGUCUCCACGCAAUGGCCGUUCUUGUUGAAAAAAGACCAGACGAGAUUGAAAGUUAAGUCAUGUUUCUUCUUUUAUGUUUAUUUUGUAUUUCUUUACAGGUUAGAUAGAUACAAACACUGUUUUCGUUCUUGUUAGCUACGUUGACGAGUGCUUCACUGUAAAGAAGUAUGAAGCAACAUAUGCCCAUUCAAUAAAGCAGACGGCCAACAUGGAGUGAUGCCAACAGGAAUCAGGAAGCAUUGUCAUCCACCACCACUAAAGGAUGCUAGAAGAAAGGGUCUCAAAUAAAGUAGACCAGUUGAAGGACCGCGUGGGCGGUUGUUGUGUACCUACGAUGAAUCACUAGUGGAAAAAAGCCGUUUUAAGA